CUGUUUAUGUCUUUAAUAUUUCUGCUUUUGGAAUUCAAUGCCUCAGUGGCAUGAUACAGAUUAUAUUACUCUUUGUCAGUUAAAAAAUACCUAUCUUAUGUUUCGUAUGAUUCUGCUUUCUAAUAUUUUUUCUUCUCAAGAUGCCUCCAAAGAGAAAGGCUGCGUUAGCUAAUCAGGCCAUACAAUCCACAACUAAGCGCAGUCGUGUCAAUGAUGAGCCCCUUCCGGAGCAGAGAUCCCACAGCGCUAGCUCUUCAAAUGCCCCUCUGUCACUUUCACCUGGUGAGAUUCAGAAGCUGGUCAGAGAAGCCUUUCAAAAAGGCAUUGAGGAAGGUAGGCAGGGUACCUCCUCAGCUGACCCAGCCAAUACACAUGUACUACCAUCAACAUGCAGGAGUGACUCAGUGCAUACGGACAGUGACUCUACCAUUGAACUGAACAACGUCGCUGGCCCUACACCGUCUACAACUGGAGUAUCAUCAGCUUCAUCGACCCUGGCAACCCACACAGCAAUAAGUAGACAGGUUCAAAAACUUACAUCCGAUUGCCGGUCCCAGUAUUGAUGGCCCAGGAAAAGUUACUUCUACCUUAAAUCCCUUUUGGCAGCUUCCUUAGCACCAUCAACUCACCGGGUAUAUUCACGGAUUUGGCAGAAUCUGGGUGAAUUUUCACUGAACAUUCUGAACUCAUCUUUGCCUAUCCCUGUUCCUGUAUCAGUUGUUGCUCUUUAUGUGGCACAUGCUCAUAAUUCUAAGCAGGUGGCAACAACCAUCAAUUCACAUAUGUCAGCAAUAGCAUAUAUACAUCACAUUCUAGGUUACCAAGAUCCCGCCAAGGCUUUCAUUGUUCAGAAAGCAAUUCAGGGUUCAGCUCACAUUUCUCCAUCUUUUGAUAUUCGCCUCCCUAUCACAGAAUAUAUUCUUAGUCAGCUUAUUCAAGUUCUACAGGCUACUAUUAGCUUACCAGUAGAGAGAAUUUUAUAUAAGGCUGUUUUUAGCACAGCUUUUUAUAGUCUUGCUCGGCUCGGCGAACUCUUGCCCAAUCAGACUUCACAACACUCGCGUGUGUUACAAAUUGGGGAUAUUGCAUUUGACAAGCAGGAUAACCAAUUCUGCUUACUUGUAUGCUUUCGCCAUUUUAAACAUAAUCAAAGUGGCAAGCCCCACACCGUUCCAGUAGCAAGUUGUGAAAAUAAGGAUGUAUGUCCUGUUAAUGCCAUGCUAGAAUACCUGAAAAUCAGAGGUCCCAAACCAGGUGUUUUGUUUCUUACUAGUCUUGGUGCCCCUUUACAAAGAAAAUGUUUUGAUGAUGUCACAAAGAGAUGUUUACAUUUCUGUGGUCUUGACAGCUCACGUUACAAGGGCCAUAGUUUCAGGAUAGGGGGGCAACUCUGGCGACAAAUAAGGUUAUGUCUGACUCACAGAUUCGCUUGUUAGGUAGGUGGCAUUCAGAUGCUUUUAAAAAGUACAUUAGAACACCGUCUUUGUCAAAUUCUGAGUUUUGUGUUUCCCUGGUCAUCAUACUCAUUGAGCUCUCUAUUUUGAUGCGGGGGUCUCUUUAUUGAGAGUGACAUGUAGUGUGUCCUAGCAUAAAGAUAGAAAAUGUCAGUUUCGACUGGUAUAGUACAUUAUCCACGAAUGCUUCCUUUAAUUAUGUGUCUCUUUAUGGAGAGUUGCAUAUACAAAUUUUCUGACCUUAGAUCAGAUAGUCACAUUGUUUUGUAUUUUUAUGUAAACAUGAAGUUGUAGUUAGGGAUUAGAGCAUGUGUUAUUUUUUGAGUUUUGAAAUGUGUGGGUUUGCCAGGGAUAUACCUUUACACCGAAUGAAGGACAUGGUGAGGAAGGAAGCAUCCAUAUAUAUGUGGUGCUUGUAAAGACACAAACAAUACAACAUAUCGGUCGGACAAUUUUCUGUGUUGUGACAAACAUUUAGCUAAAAAUGAUUGUGAUAUAUAAAGGUGCAUGUAGUUUUCUAUAUGGACAUAAAGACCUACAUCAUAUGGGCUUGUCAGGUUCAGUUUGAUGGCCAUUUUCACAGUGUCUGACACUCCAUAAUGUACUUUCUAUAGGCCAUUUUCAAGUUGGUGUUGUAUUUAACCUGUAUAUAUAUCUUUUUUCCUUUUCGUGUAAAUAACUUAUAUAUCUUUUGUGUUUAUUUGGUCCAUUCCUCUCGGGUGGCGUCUGGCCUCUUUAAGGCCAGUAUGGCAUAGUUCUCGCUCACCUUUGCUAAAAAAUUACGUUUUAAUUCUAAAAUAUGAUAUAUGUGUUAAAAGUUUCUGUUUAUAAUAAACGGC